AAGCAAUCCAAGGUAGAUGAAAUUUUAUUAGACAAUAAAUUACAAAGAGAUAAAUUAAACAAAUAUAAAAGCAGUUUAGACAGGCUAAUAGCUUUAAAUUUAGAUUUAGCUAAAAAUGCUUUAAAGAUGAAUGACGUCACCCAAGCCAAAAAAUUUAUACAAAUAAAAAAUCAGAAUAUACAUAAGCAAGAAGAGAUAGAGAAGCAGUUAGCUAGCUUAACGGGUUUGAUAUCAUCUAUAGAGACUCAAGUUGCACAACAACGCUUGGUUGAACAGCUAGAAAAGGGCAAUAAGUUAUUAACUGGUUUGCACAAGGAGAUGAGUAUAUCUCAGGUGCAUAAUAUAGUAGAUAAUCUAUCUGAUCAAAUAGAGUAUCAAAAUGAAAUUUCUAAUUUAAUCAUCACACACGAUCCCGACCUUGAUCAAGAA